CACCACCAUCAAUUUUAUCACCAUCAUCCAUCGCCAUUCGCUUUCCUUUUACGAUCCACCAAUUCUCGCCGCUUUGGGGCCAUAUCGAAUACUCCUUCUCAGUAGCAAAGCAAGCUCUAACGCCGUCGAUACAGACUCUUCCAGCCAUGGUCGUCGAGAUCCAAACACCCUGACUCAUUCCUCCAUCACCUUUUCCUGACAAAAGAUCGGGUCACGUGUAUGACCAUGUAACACCAAGCCAUCGAACCUUGACAGAAACCCUCCGUUCACUUGUUCAACUACUCAACUCCUAGCUUCCACAAUGCCUACUCUCAAACCGCCACCGCCAAAGCCUCGUGCCGGACAACACCGAAGAGCGAUCCCUCGUGGUCGUAUCGAAGGCUUGGGCAGCCCGGGCCCAGUAUCAUCAAUCCGGGCGACCACACCUUCCUUUCGCCGUGCAUCAACACCAAGCAUACAACGGCCGGUUGGAGGGAAGGUUCUCAAAUGUACCAACCCAACUUGUCCCAAUCCUCAUAUCGUCGAGAGCGAGCAAGGUCUUAUUUGUGACACUUGUGGUGCUGUCGCUUUAGAGGAGUCCGGCCUUGUCAGCGAACAAGGCUUCGGCGAGACAGAUUCUGGAGCAAUUACGGCUCUGGGUGUCCGCGUCAAUGAAAACCAAACACAUCAGCGCACCUACGCACCAGGUGGUGCCCUCGGCAAUGCCGGUCGUGAACCCACCAUCAACAGAGAACGGUCAGAACAACAAGCCAGGACGAUCAUGCAGUCCUACCAAACUCUCCUGGGAGUCCGACAGGCCGAGGUGGACGCAGGCUUACAAUUAUUCAAGCUUGCUUGGGGAUAUUCCUUCGUCCAAGGUAGAACCAUCGAUAGUGUCGCAGUGGUCUGCCUCUACCUCGCCUGUCGACGCAAGCACGAACAGAUACAGAACGAGCGCCGUCCGAUGUACAGCCUGAUGUUGAUCGACUUUGCGGAGAAACUCAACAUCGAUGUGUUCUUUCUCGGCAAAAUGUACUCGGACCUUGUUCGCAAGUUGUACCUUCAAUCGGAUGGCAGCAUUAAAGGGGACGUGUCGUCCGACCUAUUGGCCAUGGGCCCGGAAGUGCUCGUCAAUCGAUUUGUGGACGAGCUUGAAUUCGACAAAGCUCACCGUGACAAAAUCAAAAUGGAUGCCAUCAGAAUUGUUCAACGUAUGAAGCGUGACUGGAUGUCUACUGGCCGACGACCUUCGGGAGUUUGUGGUGCGGCGGUCAUUCUCGCAGCUCGGAUGAACAACUAUCGUCGCACCACAAGAGAAGUGGUCUUGACUGCAAAGGUCACCGAGAUCACCAUUAAUAAACGCCUUGAAGAAUUCCAGGAUACGGCAAGCAGCAGGCUCUCAGUAUCACAGUUCAGGGACAAUACGGUUCUCGACGCCCAAAUAGCCUCGGACCCUCCUGCCUAUCAACGAGCUCACAAUCCUAAACCCUUGAAGAAGAAGCGUGGUCGACCUCGAAAGAUCCCUCCACCAGAAGCAACUGCGGAACCGGAGACAGGAUCUUCUGUCGUGCAAGAGACUGGUGACGGAGGGCCACCUCUCAAACGUGCCAGGGUGGACGCAGAUGGAUACAAGAUUCCCGACAUUCCUCAGAGACCAACACCAAUCGAUCCUGCCCUGACCCGGACCGAUGCUGGUGCUCCUGCCGCUGGCCCUACAUCUGAUGAGGAUCCUGCACGAGCCCCAGAAGUCCGCCGCCGAAAACGAACGUUUGUCGUGCCUCCACCUUCCGAAGCUGAACUCGCCAUUGAGAGCGAGAUCGAGCAAGAUAUACAGCUUGCCUUCCGAGACAACCCUGAGCUCGCUCCAAACCGCGUUCAAAAUAACGAUACCCGGCCUGCCGAUGCCGAUCAUCCAACUCCGGCGCCCUUGCCCUUGCCGGAUGAUGGCGGCGACGCUCUCAAUCCUCUUGGACCGCAUCGCAAAGACAAGACCCCGGGGCCCCGUGUCGACUCGGACGCUGGGAACACUGGCUGUGUGUCGCUUUCUCCGACCAUCAGACCCGAGGAGUUCGACUCGGACGAAGAUGUGUCAAUGUGUCUUCUGAGUGAGGAAGAAAGUACGAUCAAGGAGACCAUAUGGCUUGCCAUGAACGGGGACUGGAUCCGAAAGAAUCAUUACAAACAGAUCAAGCAACAACUCAAGGACGACGAGUUGCGCGCACGUGGCCUCGAUCCCGCCAAGGAAGCGCUGAAGGAGAAGCUGGCCAAAGGUCGACGCAAGGACGGUACCAAGAAGCCUGGCCGCCGAGGCGAUGUGAGCUACUUGGAUGAACAGGCCAAGGCGGAACCCGGGCGUGGAGACCGCGAACGCAGUGCCGCAGAGUCUGUGCGGAAGAUGUUCAAAACUCGGGGCGUCUACUCGAGGCGGGUCAACUACGACGUGCUCGACUCGAUCUACGGCAUCACUGGAGGAGGCGACGACGAUGAUGCGAGCGGUGAGUCCAGAAGUGCCAGCCGAAGCCAGAGUGUGGCCAGUGACAUGCCCCGGGAUGCGAGGGAAGGUAGUGUCGCGAGCAGCGUUGCGUCGACCACCCUCGGACCCGAAGGGAUCUUCCGCGGCAACAGCGGUACGAGUGGUAAGAACAGGACCAAAGCUUCCUUCGCCGCGGAACGACGGGAGAGAAAGAGACGUGAGCAAAGCAGCAGUCAAGCGCCGCGAGAUCUGCGAGAAGGAAGCAACGUUUCGGAUGCGGUGAGAAGCAGAAGUCCGAGUGAGGCAGCACCCGGUGUUGAAACCCACGAACGGGUGGUCGUCAAGAGGAAGCGUGAGGCGAGUGGAUCAAGUUCUGAAGCUUUGUUGGCUGCUGCGGACGAAGAGGGAAGAGAUGUCGAGACUGGACGGACAGUGCCACGGCAUCAAGGACAUCUGUCGCCACCGGCAACGCAGAAUCCAGAAACGGCACCAUCGGUUGGUACUUCAAGUGACGUACCGAUAAUUGCAUCCUCUUCUUCGCAAGGUCCACAACAACAACAGCGUACUCCUCCGGCCACACAGAGUCAACAGGGACCAUCACCUGUUCAUGCAGAUGGUGGCAUCCCAAUCGUCGCAUCCACACAAAGUCAGGGACCACCCGGCGUCCGAGUCACUUCCGACAUACCGGCCGUCGGUUCCUCAUCAGUGGCUGUACAGAAGCCUCGAUCGCCGUCAUCGGCGACCACUGGUCCUACGACACAAGUUCGGACGGGGACCAAAGGCACCACUGCCACCGUCGCGAAUCACUCUUCUCGUAUUGGUCGUCAAGAAGCAGAAAAGACUGGCGAUCAAGAUGGUAGCGAUGACGAUGAAGAUGAAGAGGAUGAGGAAGAAGAUGAUGACGACGAGGACCUUGACGAUGACGAUGACGAUGAUGAAGAAGAUGCAGGAGAAGAUUAUGUCCGGGAGAUUGAUGAUGGUGAUAUUGACGCCGCAUUCGACGGACGGUACGGUGAUGAUGGUGAUGAGGAUUGGUAGUAGAUUUUGGUCGGGGGUGUUUUCGGGUUCACUGAAGUGGUGGUCGACAAACAACAACAAACAUGGGACACCAGUGGACACCCCAGGACGACAGUAUUGGCGCGCGAAAGAGUCCCCCAAAAACAGUUUCACACAUGUAACAUGUACAGAGUAGACUUGGAAAAAUACUACUGCCGUCAGGCGGGUGCAGUACAAUGCUAGAGCAGACUCAUCACAAUGAAUCAAAAAU